CCUCCUCGUCCUCCCCACGUUUCCGCGCAUUUCCGAUCUCCGGCCGCGGCCCCCCUCCCGUCUCCUCCCUCCAGCUAGCUCGCGCGCGCGCGCGCGGUGGAGAACCCAGCCCUGCUUGAGCUCCCGGCUUCUUCUUCGGCGCCCCCACCUCCCCGUCGCAGGCUCCGUGUCUACCAAGAUAUAAGCUUCACAGUUUAUUGAAAACCUGUGCCAUACUAAUUGGUGUGAACAUUCACUCAAGUUUGCAAAGUAUUUAUUCCAAGACAAAUGCAAUGAGUUGUCAUACAAGGGGCUUGUUGAAGGAAUACAACAUAUAUUUAUAGGAGAUUGCUUAUAUUGUUCUGAUCCAUGGGCGACUGGGUUAUAGGAGCGUUGAUCAACAUUGUGGGGAGCGUUGCCAUAAACUUUGGUACAAACCUUCUGAAACUGGGCCAUGAUCAGAGAGAGAAGCUUUCCACAACUACCAGCAAUCAAGGAAAUGACAAAUUUGUUCCGAAAUCAGUUAUGCAUUUCCAAACUUGGAGAAUCGGUAUACUUUUCUUUGCUGCGGGAAACUGCCUCAACUUCAUGUCCUUCGCAUAUGCUGCUCAGUCGCUUCUUGCAGCUCUUGGAUCGAUUCAAUUCGUAUCCAAUAUUGCAUUUGCGUACUUUGUGUUGAACAAGACCAUUUCAGUGAAGGUGAUGGUAGCGACGACUUUUAUUGUAUUUGGCAAUAUCUUCUUAGUAUCCUUCGGCAAUCAUCAAUCUCCUGUUUACACCCCGGAGCAGCUAGUUGCAAAAUACAGCAAUUUAGUUUUUGUUCUCUACUGCACGUCACUGGUCUUUGUGGUUGCAUUCAAUCAGUAUCUUUACAGGAGUGGAGAAACUAUUCUUUCGGAUAGUGCAAAGCAUACUGGAUCACAUUGGCGGACAUUGCUGCCAUUUUCUUAUGCUAUUGUAUCUGGUGCCAUUGGAUCUUGCUCUGUCUUAUUUGCAAAAUCAUUGUCUAACAUGCUGAGGCUAACAAUGAGCAGCAGAUACCAGUUCCAUAGCUGGUUCACAUACUCGAUGCUUCUUUUGUUUCUCUUUACAGCUGGAUUUUGGAUGGCAAGAUUGAAUGAAGGCCUAUCUCUUUUUGAUGCAAUACUGAUUGUUCCAAUGUUUCAGAUUGCAUGGACCUUUUUCUCUAUUUGUACAGGAUUUGUGUACUUUCAAGAAUAUCAAGUAUUUGAUACCCUGAGGAUAGUGAUGUUUGUAUUGGGCAUGACAUCUGUCUUUAUAGGCAUCUCCCUACUGGCACCUGACGACAGUAAAGUUGACACCAAAGAUGGUUCUAGCGCCAACCAGGAACCCGCAAUUGAUGCAAGCAGACCUGGAAAGAUGCAGAUGGAGGAGACAGAAGUGGAUGGUACUAGCUCCUUUACAAAUUCAGUGAAAGUAAAAGCAAAACGCAUACUGUCCAAGGCAAAGUCGGCUUGCUCCAUGUCACUUGGCCUUGGGGAGGAGACCAUCAGCGCUUCUUCUGUGCUUGCGAUGCCGAUGGUCUCCUCAAGAACAACAGGUUUUAGAGGAAGUAAUACCGACCGAUCAAAGUACAUUCCUUUGCGGUCGACCGACUGGGACAAUCUAUAGUUGAUGAUGAUUUACAGGUAUACAAGAGAAAUGUUUACUUGGAUGUUGCCAAGCGGAUGCCAGUAAAUUUUUGUUGCUUCCGGAAGGCAACUGUUUGUUCUACCCUAUUAGUUUAGCUGUAACAUGAGUGUAUAGUUCAACAACAUCCCUUCAAACACUGUCCAUACCCAUGUUGUAUUUCUUGGAAACUUGUGCCUAUACUACUUGUAUAAACACGCCACAAAUGUUAGAACAAACUUCAAUGAUUCAAUUCACAUCUUACUGUCAUUGGUGUCC